AUGUCGGGAGCUUCUUGGCAUGACGAUUUCGAGAAGAAUGGCUUCGCGGUUAUUCCGUCCGUGAUUUCUCGCGACAAGGCGGCCCAGUACCAAAAAGAAGCCCUGGCCUGGCUUCAUUCAUUUGACAACCCGGCGUUAGACUUGGCCAACCCUGCGACCUGGACGCCUGAGAAUCUGCCAUUCAUCUCUGGGAUCAAUACAUUCAAUCACUACGGAGUCGUACACGAGAAGUUCAUGUGGGACAUUCGCCAAGAGCCAGGGGUCAUUGACGUUUUCGCCAAGGUCUGGGAUACCGACAAGCUCAUUGUCUCAUUUGACGCUCUGAACAUCACACUCCCACGACGCCCAAACCAUGUACCUCGAACAAAAUGGCCGCACGUCGACCAGAGCCCAUACAGAGAAGGACUGCAGUGCGUGCAAGGGAUAGUGAACCUGUCCAAGGCUGGACCUGAAGAUGGGGGGUUGACGGUGUACCCCGGAAGUCACAAAGUUACCGAGCUGUUCUUCCGCGAACAUACCGACAGAGCCCAGUGGACGAGAAAAGACUUUUUCAACUACACACCGGAGCAGAUCGCUUGGUUCGAGGGACAAGGCUACCGAGAGCACAAGGUUGUCGCGGAGCCAGGUGACCUGAUCAUCUGGGACUCGCGGCUGAUUCACUACGGCGCUGAACCGACGGCCAAGAGUGAUGUUACUCGGACUGUCACCUACGUCUCGUACGCGCCGGCGUCGUUUGCAACAAAGGAAGCUUUGAAGGCAAAAAAGGAAGCGUUUGAGAAGUGGCUAGCUACCACGCACUGGCCGCACGACAACAUCGUUCCAAGGACGAACCAACCCACUCUUCCAGAUGGAACAAUCGACGCAAGAAGAUCGGAACCGCGAGAGAAGCCAGAGUUGACUGAAAAGUUGCUGAAGCUGGCUGGUGUACAGGCGUACUAG